AUGGCGACUCCCAUGCACCGGCUCUUUGCCUGGAGACAAGCUGAAGCAAUUAAGCAACAUGUAAGAUGUCAGAAAUGCUUGGAAUUUGGACACUGGACUUAUGAAUUCACAGGAAAAAGAAAAUACCUGCACUGUCCUUCCAGAACAGCAGAACUUAAGACAGCUUUAAAAGAAAGAGAAAAUAGAUUACUAUUACAACAAAGGUCUAAGAGUAUUACCAGUUCCAGUAGCAGCAGCAGUGACAGUUCAGACAGUGACUCUUCAUCUGAAAGUGGAGAGACGUCUAUCUCAUCGUCCUCAGAUGACAGUGACACCAACGAGAGUUCUUUCAGUUCAUCCUCAUCAGUCUCCUUCACAAGCUCUUCCUCUGAUUCAGACUUGGAUUCCAGCUCUUCUAGUAGUAGUAGCACCAGCACAGUUAGCAGCUCAGAAGAUGAACCGCCAAGGAAGAAAAAAAAGAAAUAG